AUGACCGACAUAAGUAAGCCGGUCAUUUCUUAGGUUGAUCGUUCCUGCCGCAGUAAAGAAGGGGACGGCGAAGAAGAGUUCGGACACAGUUUCCCACCGGUAGAGGGGCGCCCACCGAUUGUUUUUAUGGAACUGACUUGUCCCGUUGUGCCUUGGGGCUCUCUCUCGAGCGCCCUUCAAUUCUCUAUCGCAACCGGCAGGACAACGAGCCCGUGGUUAGGGACGUUGGACUUCUAAGCCAACAGCUCAAGGGAUCGAACCGCAGGUGUUCCACACCUCGGGGUUGGGUAGGGCUGGCCGACGACAGCUAAUAAACCAGAAAUGGCCAUUCCGGUCUCCUUCGUCUUUAUUGGUAAUGCUCUUCUGCCAGUUUCCCACAUAGUUGAGAAUGAUCUCGGCAUUAGCGCUUGUUGCGAAGUCGACAUCACUGUUUUAGUAUGCUCACGUUUAGUAAGAGAAGGAUAUCUCCUGCUGCGCCUAUACGCGAGUAAAUUUAUAGCUGCAAAGAUGCUAUUCAGACUAGGAUAUAGUUAUGAAACUGCUCAGUUUUUAUGGUAGCCAAUAUGCCAUCUGUCUGGUGCAGUCACAUUGUUGUACUGAAAGUUUAGAUAACAUUUUCAUGUCGUUGUAAGACCAGCUCAGCAAGUAGCCUCGACAGUGGCGAGCCCAUUUGAGUGUCUUUUAUCUGCCGACAACACUUAAGCAAACUGUAUCGGAAUGCCCGUAGCACUGUCCAAUAGGUGUCCAGCUACGCUUUCCGUCGCCGGGUCAUGUGAUGUUGAGGAAAACAGGCCAUUGACAGUGAACAACAGGUAGACCUUGACAAACGACACCUCACCGCACAGAUUACUCAAAUUGGUCCGCUUUUUCUUUAAUGUAGUGGUUUCGCAAUAAAUUGUUCAUCAGAAAAGGGGUUUUACGUUUCGAAUGAAUCUAAUUCAGAGGCAGCAGCGGUUUACGUAUUUCCCCUCAAUUGUCCGCAUUUGAUUCACAAUAUUUUGCGAGUUACGACACCUUUUGUGUGUACAAAGGAAGGGAGGAAGAGCAUUGCGUAAAUGGGAACCUACGGCUCCGUUAGAACUCAAAACCAACUCCGCAUAGGGUGGGCUUCAGCCGGCUACUGAUUUACUCUCACAACCUUUGUAAGUAGAGGCGGCAUCUCGAUACACCCGUUGACAGAGUCAUCGUGUGAGUGUGAUUCGCGCAAAAUGCGGUCAUCGGAUUCACCCAGAAUCGCCUUGUGGUCGAAGGCGAACUGAGUGGUGGACCAGCAGAGUCAAUUUCGCCUGACCGCAAGCUCAUCCACGUCUCCCCGUCUGAGGGACCGGUUUUCCUGAAAUCAUCGGCAUUGCCACAUCGACUUUUUAACUAGUUGGUAGUGGAUCGCAUAAAUACACAAACUGCUGAUUGUGGUUUCGGGCCUGUAUGCUACUUAAAUCCCCGACUCGACCUAUGAUUGGCCGAGUUCAUCGAAUAGGUCAGCGAAACCCGCCACGGCAUGCCAGUACGUCGGCACGUCCUCGGUUCUCUGCUGUUGACUUGACAACACCUACUGAGUACACUUUGACUGUGUAAAAACUUUCAGGGACACCGUAGUUAGACCGGUCUCAUGCAGCUUUUUUGAUUCGAACUGGGGUGGUUACCGUAGUAUCAUAGGCUCUUUUAACCAUUGAUCGGCCUCCUCUAAAUGGUUGUUUAACGUUCUACAGUAGGUGGGCUAACUCAAGAAAUGCAGCUUGUUAUAUAAUUGUAUAGUAUUUCAGUUACCUCAGGAUGCCUACUUUCGAAUGAACUUCCUUCCGGCUGCAUGCAAAACUACACUCUGUACAAAAAUGAUUACUUAUGUAGCAUGAAUUUUUCUCAUUGAUUUUCGAUGCCCCUGAAAGUCCAAUCAUAUUUCAUGGAAAACAUGCAUAAAAAUAUUCAUUCUUUUGCUCAUUCGGUAUAAAAUCACGUCUUCUUCCAAUUUCAUACUCAAAGGAAGGGUAUAAUUCGGUUUUCAAAAGCUCUUUCAAUUCCCGAAUAAUUUUGAACUCUACCGUUACAUUUGCAUCCAGGGUUCCCGAACUACAGGCCGCGUAUUUUCCGCGUACGGAAAACCACACAUUUCUCUACGGUAUUAAAGAGGAGAUCAUAUGCGGUUCAUAAAAUUUGGCAGUGGAUUUGACCCAUUUUGUUAACUUUACAAUCCACAUCGCUAAAUGCUGAGAUAUGAUGAUUUAUGAAAGGCCCUUUCACGGUUUUUAAAAGUCCGACAAUUGGCAACUUUUUUAAAGCCAAAUUAUGUCCCUCCUUCGAGUAUAAAAUUAAAAGAUGACGUAAUUAUCUACCGAAAGAGCAAAAGAAUGAAUAUCUUUAUGCAUGUUUUCGAUGAAAUAUAACUAGACUUUUAGGGGCAUCGAAAAUCAGUGUUGCUUAAGUAGUCGUUUUUUACAGUUUGUAAUUUUUGCAUGCAGCUGAAAGAAAGUUCAUUCGAAAGCCGGCAUCCUGUGGCAACUGAAAUUUCAUAGAAUUAUGUUGCAGGCUGACGAGUUUUACAACCCUACUUAAUUAACCUUUUCAGAACGGAAACGCAUUUCUCAAUUUCGGUUGACAUUUCAUGAGUUAGCCCACCUACUGUACAUCACUUUUCAUGCAGACCACUGCGCCUAGGAGUGACAACUUACCAUCCUCUUCUUCCUCCAUAGUGAAUUGUACAUCUGGAAGAAUGAUAUUCAGGUGUGCCUGAAAAUCUGGUUGGGUCGCACCACCAGAUUUUCUAGCACACUGCGACGCCUCAGAAAAUCAGAUAAAUUUUAUUUUCUAUGCUGUUUGUGCUCACUUUGGAGUAUUCCGUUGGUUAAUUUACCAUCUCUCUCUCUCUCUCUCUCUCUCUCUCUCUCGUCUGUCUGCUGCGGUCCUGCCGUUGCUGUCAUAAUCUCCUUCCUUUUUUUCCCCCACAGGAUCUAUCUGCUUCCUAGUUCUUUGCGUCUCCUUCCUGAUCCAGCCCGGCAUCAAGUUCCCAUGGCAGGAGAAAAUAAUAAUAUCAAUCUUCUUCUUGAGUGCAAUCGCUGCAUUGGCCUUCUCCUGGCUCUUCCACACUCUGCACUGUCACUCGGAGCAUGUGGGAGUCCUAUUUAGCAAGUAUGAUCUGAAUGCAAUUAACUUCCCUCACUAAACUACUCCUUCCAUUCGGAUCCAAUUAUUGUUUCACAUUUUGGCGCCUCCCGUGCAUGCUGCUGCCCAAUGAGGCUGUGGUUAGAAAAUAGAGAAGCCGCCCAAAGCCCGACCGACGGGUACCUAGACACAAUCUAAUUUGAAACAAGCAUACACAGCAGAAUUUAAUGGAACCAAAAAAUUUCGCGACGGCAUAUUAACUGCAACCUAUCGCCGCAUAGCAGAUAUUACGCAUGAGAAAGACAGAGAGAUUUGAAUUUCCGCAGAAAAAAUCAAUGCAAAACAGCAAAGUAAUCGUUAACUGCACACGGACCAAUCAAUAAAAAAUCGAUCAAUAAAUAAAAACACAACUGAGGAAAGAAAAUGGGAAAGAUAGCACGCAGAAGGGGGGGGGGGUGUAAAUCAAAGGCUGGGAUUUACCAGGGCAAGUCGAAGUUGACCACAUGGUCUAACAUAGGUCAGGUUUCUCCCAACGUAUAUAGGCAGCCCGCAAGUAGCGCAAUAUCUGAGUUGUUCGUGCCCGAACUAAUACCCGGAAAGAUGCUGGGGAGUCAAUGGAGUGACCGCUAUCUAGGCAGUGCUUCGUGAUUGAAAAACGAGGAAUUUUAUUCACCUGCUCAACUGAGCUGGUAAUUGCUGCUAAUUGCCUUUGCGUUCGCUCAAUGUACUUGCAUCCACAAGUGCGUGCGAGCGAACCCGUAGACGCAAUUCGAAGUGGCGUGCAAUGGCAAGGCAUCUUUUGCCCGUGGAAUUAGGAUAGCUUUUGUGAGACUGCAGAAUAUGAGCUCUCCUGCGUUGGUGUGUUCGUUCGAUGGCGCAUCUCAAUCGUUGCUUAAUGGUAUUUGAGAUGUCACCCUUAAAGGCUGGGGUUACUACAACAGGCUUUUUCGGAACUGAUUGCGUGAUAUUGAUUUAUUUGACAUGUUGUACAAGCAGUUAAUUUCUUGUGCUUCAUUUCCACGAACUUUCAUUUUCGUGCAAUAAAGUAGCUAGAGCAAAGCAAUGACCAAAUUUUAGAAAAAUCUUAAUUAUGUGACUGUAGACGCCCACGCAGGUAUUCGUGAAUGUAUUAAUGCCGUCAGCGCAUUUCCUUCGUGAUCGGAUGCAUUAGCUCAUUUUACAAGCAUCAAGGGUCCCCUUGGAAGCGUCAGGAGAAGUAUGUAGUUUUGCCAGGGCAAAGUGCAUUGUACACUUCGGCUGCCCUGUAAUUAAGUGAAGGCAUAUCUCUUCUUUCGGUCAGAUGUGAUUAUGUAGCCCCAACUGAAGUAAACAGACCCCAGCCACCUGUUAUACGGGACUGGUAGUAAUAGGGGUUUUUACAGGUGGGGCCGGGGAACGCACAGGCGACGAGGUCAAGUGGUUGUAUGCAAAAGAAGAGCUAUUGAGAAUGCGCGGUCGUACUUUAAGUGGUUGAAAGAUAGUCGCCCUGGCCCUAACAAUCCGUAACCAUAACCCCUAAACCCUAGCUCCAACCCCAACAGUAUUGUGUCCAUCACGUGGGGCUACAUAACCACAUGUUACCCUUCUUUCUAUUGCUGAGAGUUUAAUACCGAAACGUUGUAUCCUUCUACCGUCGGAUUUUAAGUGGACUACAGUUCCCUAAAAUGUCGUCUGAUCCAAUCUAUCAACGACCAGGCUCAAAUUUUAGGUUUCCUGCCCCUGUUGCUUAUGUAUGACUGACUGAUAAUGACAUAAAAGCUGAAAUGACUAGUCCAGAUCCGCACUUUCGUCUACCUUUUUCCUACGGUAAUGAUCUCAUUUGAGGCAUCGACGUAAGCAUCUUUCAGCGGCCCAUCAAGAGCACCCCAACUCAGCACCUUAACUUGCUGGAUGAAGGCAGAAUAAGCCCGAGACAGUUCGUUAUCCGUCUACCUGCAUUCUCUGUCGUCUGUUCCCUCUGCCGACUUCAUUCUAGUGGUUGAUUACCCGUUAGUAACCUUUGCCACCCAUACAGAGCAUGUUUACUUCGGCCAGCUAAUGGUUCGAUGUGCGUCCAUUCCUGUCUAAAUAAAUACCCUAUCUGUUAGGCCCCGACUGUGUCGUGUGUGAGCGCAUGUCUCCCUUUCUGGUCACAGAUGGUGGACGGAGUUAUGAUUGGCCGAUCGACCGGUCUUCUCCUCCCUCUGAUGUAUAUACAGUAGGUGUGCUAACUCAUGAAAUGUCAACCAAAAUUUCGAAAUGCGUUCUCGUUUCGAAAAGAUAAAUUAAGUAGUGUUGUAAAACUAAUCAUGAUGCAGCAUAAAUCUAUAAUGACCCAGUUACCUCAGGGUGUUGGCUUUCGAAGGAACUUAUUUUCGGCAAGAACUAUACUCUGCAAAAAAUGACUACUUAAUUAGCAUGCAAUUUUCUCAUUGAUUUUCGAUGCCCUCGAAAAUUCAAUUAUAUUUCAUGGAAAACGUGCAAAAAAUAUUCAUUCUUUUACUUGUUCGGUAGAAAAUCACUUCUGCUUCCAAUUUCAUACUCAAAAGAAGAGUAUAAUUCGGUUUUAAAAAAGUUUCUGAUUGCGAGAUUUUUUAAUACUGCUCAGUGGCCGUUCAUGAAACGUCAUGGAUCUGCAUUUACGAAUGUGGCUUGUAAAGUGAACAAUAUUGCUCAAAUCCACUGCUUAAUUUUUUGAACCUCAUAUGGUCUCCUCUUAACACCGUACAGAAAUGCAUGGUUUUCCGCACACGGAAAAUAUACAGCUUGUAGUUUUGAAUUUCUGAAUGCAAGUGUAACAGCAGGUCGGGUUCAAAAUUAUUCCGGAGUUAGAAAAGUUUUUUAAAACCGAAUUAUACUCUUCUUUUGAGUAUGAAAUUGGAAGAAGACGUGAUUUUCCACCGAAUAAGUAAAAGAAUGAAUAUUUUUAUGCAUGUUUUCCAUGAAAUAUAAUUUAAUUUUCGAGGGCAUCGAAAAUCAAUGAGAAAAGUUCAUGCUACAUAAGUAAUCAUUUUUGUACAGAGUAUAGUUCUCGCAUGCAGCCGGAAGGAAGUUCAUUCGAAAGCCGACACCCUGAGGUAACUGGAUCAUUAUAGAGUUAUGCUGCAUCUUGAUUAGUUUUACAACACUACUUAAUUUAUCUUUUCGAAACGAGAACGCAUUUCGAAAUUUUGGUUGACAUUUCAUGAGUUAGCACAUCUACUGUACAUGUGGUAGUGGGAAGCACAGCGACCAGGUUACGGAACCUGCUCGCCCCAUUGGGGCCUACUCUAGAGCCUCUCAGGCGAAUAGUAGAAUAGGCAAAAUGGAAUUAUCCACAAAGACAAGGGAGACUGGAAUGGCCAUUUCUGGAUUAGCAGCCAUCACCUGCCAGCCAUACUCAACCCCAGGCCUUGAGCGCAUAAGGCCCGAUCUCGUGGGCUAUUUAGGUCUUAAGAAGUUUUCGACUUCUGAAUAAUUUUUGGCGAGAUUUGCUUCUGUAGCCCCACUUGAUUGAUACCAUAUGGUUAGCUUGCUAAAACAAUUUUAGUUACCAUACCCAACUUAGUCAUUCGUUAGAUUAGGAAGGGAAAAGGAGCGCAAGCAGAGCUCGAAGCAUGCGCAGGGAAGGUGGCGUGUACACACUCCCCCCGACAGCCACUCAUUGGAUUAAGAGGAUAUGGGGGACGCCAUCACAACUGGAAGACCACUGAGGGUGCCGCGUGGUAAUCCGCAGCGCCUGGCCACUGUAGUGGAACCGACGGAGUUCCACACCGUCGGAACAAUCCCAUUAGCAUGUAUGCUUGGCCACUCGCUGGGUUAGGAUGGUGAAGAGAGCGCAAUCAGGGCUCGAAUCAUGCAGAGAGAAGCGCGCGUGAACUGAUAACUGAAAUAACCGUGACUGGCCUAUAAGCACUCCUCCCCCCGUGGCACAGUCUAUUCCUGGAUUAAAAUGACACGAAAGAUGCAAAUGUGUAAUAUUUGUAAAGUCAGCGUAUUCGCAUCUACCAAACCCCGUCUAAUUUUUAAUCAGACCUGCUGUAGCACUUGGAUUUAAGGUUUACAAACUACAUGCUGUAUGCUUUCCAUGUAAGGAAAAUAAUGCAUUUCUGUACACUGUUAGGGAGAAAUGUAAUCCAAUGUGUCCCGUGUUGUGUACUUCAUAAGCAGUAGUAAUAAAAGGACAUAUAUGAUGCUGCCUGGGUGGAUAUAUUUCGCGAUAUGAAGAAAUUGCACAACCAACAUUUUCAACUGAAGGAUACGAUUUCUCCAAGCAUAUGAUUCGAAGAAGACGUACUUUUCUACAAACUGAGUACAAGGAAAAGUAUUUUUUUCUAUAAAAUAUAGUUGAACUUCUAAGGACACUGAAAAUCGAUGGGAAACUUUAAUAUUACAUAAUUAGCGACUCUAUACGGAAUGUGGUUUUUUGUGAGCGACCGAGAAGAAGCCCGUGACUGAAAUAUCUCGAGAUGAUGCAGCACGAUAAGCAGUAUUCCAACCCCGUCUACGUAAUCCUUCCCAGUCAAAACACAUUUCGGAAUUUUCGCUAAGAUUUCAUGCUGUAGGUCGUUUACUGUGCAUGUAUUGAGGCGGUGGCCUGUCUCUCAUAGUUUAGUACAUCCCAAAAGGCCGGAAAGGUAGUGAAAUGGGGACUAAUCGUCGAACGGGCAUGCGUGGUUACUAUUGAUAAUGAAUUUGUGUACUUUGAACCUGUGCUUGUCAGAUCAAUCCUUUUUUCACUGUUGUUGCUGCUAAAACUCAUGACAGUCAUUCCUCCUCACCUACCUUCUGUCCUUGACAGGCUGGACUACAUUGGUAUCGCACUGCUGACGAUCGGUUCCUUCGUGCCCUGGCUUCACUACUCCUUCUACUGCCAUGUGCCCUCGAAGAUCGUCUACUCAGUCUUCAUCAUAGUCCUAGGUCUCAUGUGCAUUGUCAUCAGCACAAAGGAUUGCUUUCGGACUCCGGCCUACCGAUCGUUCCGCGCAGGUAAAACCAGGGUUUCACAGUGCUUCGAUCUCAAAUUGUGUUUGGCAGUGAAAGGCAGUGUAGAACGCUUCCGCCGAAGGCUUGCUGUUGGGUGGGGUGGACUGAGGACUUCGCGCGUUUCAGCCACCGAUGCUUCAACCAACUAUCAUUGAAGCAAUAUUUUCCCGGAAUGAAUUUAAAGCAGGCAUGGACAGCAGAAUUUAUUGGUACCAGUAAAUUUCGCGACGGCUUAUCAACUGCAGCCUGUCGUUGCAUAACACAGAUAACAAGUGAGAAAGGUACAGAGGUUUGAACUUCGACAGAGAAGAAAUCAAUGUAGAACAAGGUCAUCGUAUACUGCCCGUAGACUAAUCAAUAGAAUGGUAACUUCAAAACGCAACAUGGGAAAUAAAAUGGGGAAGUAAACACGCGGAGGGAUUUCGCAAAUCAAAAGGGCUUAGGCCUACCAGGGCAAGCUGAGGUUGACCACGUGGUCUAACUGUUUACAUAGGUCGGGAUUUUCCCGCCGUAUGUAGCCUGUCUCCAGGUAGCGCAAUAACCGAAUUGUUCGUGCUCGAACUAAUACUCGAAAAGAUGUUUUGGGGUCAACCGAAUGGCCACUAUCAAGAUGUUUUGUAAUAGAAGACCGUGGAAUCUUAUUUUCCUGCUUAAGAAGCCAUUAGGCAGGUGCUCAAAUGUCCUGGCUGCCAGUUGCGUUUGCGUUCGCCCAAUGUACUUGCAUCCACAAGUGCACAUAAAUUCGCAAACACAAUUUUUACGUGGCGUGCAAUGGCAAGGCGUCCUUCGCCCGUGGAACUUGGAUAGCCUUAGUAGGUCGUCCCCAGUGUCAACAGUAUCGCAGAUCAGCGUAAUCCAUGCCAGGAGACGUCUUAGCUUGAGGCCCUGCACUAAUAUUGUAUCAUAUCGUAGGGACUGCUCAUCCCGGCGUCAUCUUACUUCUGGGUUAGGGACUCCUAUCCGGGUGUUGAUUAAGCCCUCAUCUGAAGUGGCAGCUGGCGUCCACCAUGUCACUGCAGUGGUGACGAAUGACUGACUCGUCAUGUGGAUGACCGGUGAACCCUUGCGCAGGCUGCGCGGUCUGAAAGCCAUUUACGUGUGCUCGUAGCGGUCACGAGGUGGUUUUUCCACUAAACAUAAACAUUAGCUAAAAAGGAUCACGCUGCACUUUCACCCUGACCCAAUUCUACACGAUUUAAUUGCCUUCGGUUGCUGCCGUUUGAAAAACGCCACGCGAGGUUGCUUGACUCGACCUCACUAUAAGUGCAGCGGGUUGCUGCACUUUCUGUACACAUUCAUCCGACUAUUUAAUGUUAUUUGAGUGGACUUCGAAAGGCUGAACAGCCUGGAACCCAAUAACAAGGUGAUCGUUCACUGCGGGAUGCUGAUGUUCGCUGUUAGUCUGUUUCGCGGGGUGAAUGCCUAAGUGGCACUUAUUACCUGAUUUCAUAUUCCUAUCCACAGCCGUUGCCUUUUUCUUGAGAAUUAUUAACAGGAAUUCUUUUCUUCUGUUCACUUUGCAGGGGACAAUUCUGUUUGCAGGUUAACUCUAAUAUACACGGAGUUCGUACGUCUAUUUAACUGACACGUCACUUUUCCCAGACCGUACAGGCACCGGCAUGAUUUGUCACGGGAACUCGGAAAGAAAUCAAUAACCACAAGACCAUAUAAAAGUGGAGUGAAAACCCUAAGGACAUGCAUUGUUCUACGAGUGUGUAUUCCAUCUCAAGUCGCUCGAGAAUGGCGCUCACCAACUAAUCCUGAUCGUAAGACUGAACACAAGUGCUCCGUUUUGCAUCGAGGCUCCGCCCACGUUGAGGAUCUUGUAGCGGGAAGCAAUCAGAAAUUAGUAGACAUUACAGCGAAGCCAGUGGGGGCUGAGUUGACUUCAUCAUCCAACCAAACCCCUGACUGAGAUGACUAACCGCAGUUUCGCCAUCGAGCGUUUGGGUCAGAUACUCCACCACUGGCGCAUAAUCCAUAACACCCUGGAUCCGAGUCCGGACCAUAGGUUGUCCCCGUCUGAGACUGAGAUAUAUCCGAUGCCUACGUGUUCGCCCCUGGAGGACCGCGCCGGAAACGCCACCGAGGACAUGGCGUACUCUGCCAUGCAUAAAGCACGUUUCAGGGCGACUUUGCUGUGCGACUAGGCGUUGGAACUGCCCACCAGCCCGAAGCUAUCUUGUGCGUCAGGGUCAUAAGGGUCAAAGGCCAAUUAAAUCAUAGCGAGUAGCCAGGCAUGGUAUAUUGGAGCCCAUGCCUCCCUUUUCUGCGACUGUCCCUGAUGGUGGGCUCGAUUGCGAAUCCGAAAAGUCAGGCCAAUAAACUUCUUGUUCCGGCAAUCGCACCUUCGUCUUCUGUCCUUGUAAUUACACAUGUGGAACUGAGCGCAUGCUCAGAUCGCACAUGCACGAACAGAAGGUGCCUGUGCGACGGAGUGACUAACUGUCGCAAGUGGCAGCCCGCAUUUUUGAAACGGAUCAUGAGUUUAACAUCGCAGCCACCAAAGUAAGCGCCCAUGCCAGAAACAAAACUAGGAUUAAGGUCAAAGUUCAAAUUAAUCCAUAAUCAGCUAAGACGUCCACAAAAGCAUCAAUUGUCCUGGUAAUCUCACGCCUCUAUUUUCCUCUGACUGUGAUUUGUUGUUAACAUUUCGUCUUCCUUUUUUCCUUUUUGAUGCUUAUUUGGACGUCUUAGCUGAAAACGAGGAUUGAUUGAGGCUUGGGCCUCGGUCAAUCGAUUUAUCGAUGUGCAUACAGAGCCCUGCACAGUCACCUUCAGACUUACUUUCCUGAUUGUUGAUUUGUAAAUACCCCAUAUAUAUAACUGUCUUCUGUUGUGCGGCCGCUUUCGUCUCUCUGCCGAUGGACUCUUCUACGAGUUCGAAAUCUUAGACAAAUGAACAAACGGUUCCGUCCGUUGACGUACAUUGUAAUCAGAUUGAUUUCCCACGUAUAUGACCCAUGACUACUUCUGGUCUUUUCAUUCAGCCUCUAUUACAGCGAUGGAGUCGGCGCACAGAUAGUUUGGGAACACGUCGUCGUCCGUCCACUACUAAGUCCAAUUUAUCUUUCUCCUUUUCGUUGUUUCUUAUACGACAAUGACUAACGAUCAGCACUAUUUUCCCUCCCCCGCUUUCAUCCCUCGUUCCCCUCCCUGCUCUCCCAGGCCUCUUCAUCGCACUGGGUCUUUCUGGUGUCAUACCAUGCCUUCAUUACGCCCUAAUGGAGGGCUUCUGGGAGACGGUGACUUCGCCGGCUCUUGGCUGGCUUGUACUUAUGGCUGCCCUCUACAUCUCGGGCGCAGUGAUUUAUGCCAUGCGCAUACCUGAACGUCUCUACCCAGGAAAAUUUGAUAUCUGGGUAAGUGGGAUUGUUAAGCAGACACUCAGACUCUCAUCCCUUCUCUGCUUGAUCUUGUCUCCAUCCCCAUGUUUGACUAAUUUAUGCUUGUCGGACCGGCAGGAUGAAGGGAGCUGUUGUCUACCCUGUCAGAACUACAUUUUAUGGCAAAAAUACGAUUCGGUCAGGUGUGGUUAUGUAGCCCCAUCUGAAGUAAACAAACUCCAGCUACCUGUAAUACGAGACCGGUGGUAAUAGGGGUUUUUAUGGGUCGGGCCGGGGAACGUACAGGCGACGAGGCCAAGUAGUUGUAUGCAAAAGAAAAACUCUUGGGUAUGCGCGGCUAUACUUUGAGUGGUUGAGAAAUUGUUGCCCUAAUCGCAACCUCAACAGUAUUGUGUCCAUCAGGUGGGGCUACAUAACCCGAUCUUGGCUACGAUUCCUAUGCAAGCUAACCGAGGAGAAUGAGGCGAUUAAGAUGUGGUAGCUUUAUUCCGAGUUUUGCGUUUUUGACGAGCAACAGUCCCACCACCCUGCUAAUAGACGCAAAACGCCUCACGUGGUAGUAAGCACCGACCUCCCCUUCUCUUACCGUUCCCUUACAGCGCUGGACUGCAACCUCUGAUGAUGAACGAUCGCAUAUAGUGUUUGAAAAUCUAAACCCAAAUUAAAGCCAUCUUAGUGACCGCCUACAACUAAGACAUGAUUUCGCAUCGAUUUAUCUCGCUUCUUUGCCCUGAUUGGUCUCCUCGCGCGUUAUUGUUGGUCAACUUGUCUAAUUCAAAAAAUCGAUUGGAGCUUUUGAUUGGCCGAACUAGGCAAUCUGCAGGCAUCUAGACCUUCCUGCGACCUAUAAACCUCCGUGUCGUUACAUACACAGAGAUCAGGGCGAGACAGUCACACCAAACUGAGUAGACACGGUCCGGCGACGAACACACCCGAAGGGGAAUCAGGGGUUCGACCAUCCUCCAUCGAAGUGUCGACACGUAAAGCAAGAUGCCGUCGAACCCCUCGAAUACCCACCGGCAGGUCAAGGCAACGAAAGAGGCAAAGAAAUCGAUCGACCCAGGGCCAACUAGCUCGACUAGUCACUUGAAAUUCCGGUCAAAUUUCUGCACUAAACGCCUUGACAAUGGGCAGCCGAGCGAGUUCUCCCACAAGUCAGCAACAUCAUGACUCUGUUCCAAUGAGCUGCUUCCCGUUCUCAAGCAAACUUGUCAGAUUUUCGUCCCCGCCCUAUGACAACUGUUUGCUCACCUUGGCACGAUUUGUAAGCCUCCCACGGCUUGAGGUUUUAGAUCACGACUGUUGUCUAGCCAUAGAAGACUACGUCCCACUGGCUGAAAACCAUUGAAUUCCAGUUUCUGAAGCAACGCGAGAAUUUCUUUUAAAGAUAUAUGCACCGGUAGACGCCGCCUGCGUCAAAAUUAAACUCACAUUCCGGCGGCCUCGACUAGAGUACUUUUAAAAUACUGCAAUGACUUUUGACGAACGAAGUUACUUGUGACUGAUUCGGUCCUUUCCGGGUUGCAAGCUAACCCUACCUCCAACGGUUCCUUUCUACUGCCAUCUGCCGGCAGCAGGCCCACUCACUCCGCCGACCACACAGACCAUAGGUCGUGCCGCCAAAAAGUGUCCUUGAGACCAUCAUGGGUCCACCGACCGAAAGUUGGUAGCAUUUGCGUUGACGGCCCUUGUUUCGAAGGAGGCCUUGGUCCUCUGUGAGAUCUGGCGCUAGUUUUGACAAACUUCAAUAAAACCUUAUUAGUGCGAUUGUUUCGAUGCUAGAUGUCACCUCAACUCUACCGAUUUUGGGCAGAAAGCGAGACCCAGGACAUCUGGUCAGUAACUUCGUUGUGCAUACAGGGGGUGAUCGCGAUGCAGCCAUCUGCGCCUUCAACGCGCCGAUUUUUGGACUCGCUUCGGAUGCCGUGGCGUGUGUGUCUGACACACAGCACACUCUUCAACACCAUCAAAACAAUUGAGGUCCGCUAAGAACACCCCGGGCUGGAUGGCGGCCCUCUCUAAUGACAGGGUGGUUUGUCUUCACGGCCUGAGCGGUCUGCUCACUCACCUUACUGGACUCUAAGGGUGACGUUAAGCACACAGUUUCAUACCAUUCAGCGGGACUGUAGCGCUUGUUACUCUCAAGUGGUCUUGAGUCAUUCGUAGCGACUUCGACGGCGUUCUCUCAUGCAUCGUGAUCGAUUACAGGUGCCCUUGAAGGAAUUCGAACACGACUGUAAAGGCCACGAAACACACGAGGAUGAAUUCCUGAUGGCUGAGACGCUAAUCUAGGUUUCGACGUAGUGAGGAGUGCUGAUCCAUGCAGUCACACCCGUCUGAAAGCUGACCCGAUUCCCAUUCGUAAACAGUGCCACCAAAAGAAGUGACUAAGAAAGUCUUUCAUGCUGGUCUAUCAGGGGACAUUACCGUUGAAAUUCUUGUACCAUGCGACACCGUUACUGAUGGUUGAUGCAAGAACAACGUCACACCAAAUCCCCAAGUGAAGUUUCUGUUUGGCAUAGGCCUGGAAUGGAUCAACUGCUGUAGUCGAACAGUCGUUGUGCAGCCCCACCACCUCAUUACUACACCCAGUCGCGUUUCACUAUUCCAGAUCACACCUGGCAGACCUUUAGCCCGUGAACCAGUGACUGGGCACUGUACUUCAACUGCCUGCUAGUCCCAGUUCAAGUCGCAAGUAUUUGACGUCAGGAUUUAGGACCUGACCGAUUGAUAACAAUUAAUUCAGUACUGAUCAUUCCGAUUUUGCAUGCCCUUAGUAGAUAAAAUGUUCGAUUGCCGAUUGUCCGUCGUUAUUCGGCCACUUUCCUGAAGUCUCAAGACAAAGGCGAACACUCAUGGCGUUUUGGAUAGGGCGUUGUUCCUACCACAGUUCCCGAGCACCAGUCCCCACCUCGUUGACUUUUUCCCAGACAAUGCCUAUUGUAAUUCAAUCAAGGUGGAUCUGUACACGCCCCUUCCACGUGACACUGGUGACGACAAGCACCAUAUUCCUCUCGUUUCGGUCUUAACAGGUGCUCGUGCGUUAUCAUCCAAUCAGUAAGGGGGCUUUCUACCGUCAAUAACAGGAAGAUUCUAAUGCUCGACUUCUGUCAGUCAAGUUUGCCGUAAGCGCCGAAACUCACCACUUAAUUCUCCUACUUUGGUUGCAUGUAGGAGUGUUUGCCUAACGAGCAGCAUUUUCUAAGACGAGCACAUGGGAUUCUGGCCUUUGGUUGACCAUCUUGUCGUCUACGCCUGUUAAUCAUACAUACACACCUGGGAAAGAUCACUUCUUAGUCAAUUUGCCGGUUAAGUUUCGCCGCUUUCAUAAAUUUAAUCAUAAUUUCUAGAAAGGAUGCAUGCAGAUUUCAUUUCGAAUGGUACGCCCUUAAACGGUUUUUUCGCUUUUGUAUUUCUUCACUGUCUUAAGAUGUUAGGAUUUGAAGAUGGUACUCUAGGCGAACGUACGUUCUCGGUUAUUUCUCAUGAGACCUGUACUGUAAGCAGCGGUAGAGCCACAAACUUGGGAACAGCCAAUGAAUAAUAGUCAUAGGGGAGAGGGUGGAGGGAUAGUUACAGUUUAGUUCCGUCAGGAGCAUGGGAAGGAGGGAGAGGGAGUGGGAAAUCUGCCAGCGAGUGGUGCUUAUGUUUCACGCUCUAACACGGUAUGCCAAGAUGUGGGUAUAAACAUGUAGGGCCUAACUUGAACCACGGAAGCUUGAGGACUUGGACCAGCGGGUUCUGCAGACAAAAGAUCUGGUUGAUUAGCCGUAUGCCCACCGCCCCCGCUGUCACAAAUAUGCGCUGGCGCCGGCGUGCUUUGUUGAAGACCUGAAAUGCUUGGUUGACGUCUACCAGACGGCUCGGUCAACCAAGUUGGCCCUAUUUGGGCUAGGGUCAGACUUUCCCAUGCCUCGAUUCAGCCAGGCAGGAUGGUUCUCUCACCUCCGCUUGGACAGAGGCCUUGCUGUUUGAUCAGUAUAACCUGUCCCACAGGAGAAGGUGAAGACCUAGAUGCGCAAUGAAGAAGUAUGAAAGCCCAAUCUCCAAGACGAAGAAGCAGAGUGCUUUAGAAAACUGAGUCUUCUCCUGACUACUGACUACAUGCGCACAAUAGCAAAGUUCGGACGACACUGUAGAAGUUCGCUGGCCAGGUAUAUUCGGAACGGUAAUGUGAGGAAUGGCUCCCUUUUCGCCAAAUCUGUUUUUACCGGAAGUUCUUCCAUAUAUCUCGUAAUAAACUUAUCAUGGAAACCAUUUUCUAGCAGGGUGUUUCGUCUAAAGGUGAGUUUGGUCUUCAGCGUAUCCGGGGUGCAUUUUCUCCCAUUUCGGUUGGUUAGACAGCGAGCUAAGCUUUAUCUCUGACCUAGAGGAAUAAAAUUGUCGACGUUUGUGUAUCGCCCUGCCCACGUUUCCUUACGAAAUACACUUAUACGAGUUGUCCCAUCAGUCGUUCUAGUAAGUAGAACGUCCAGAAGGGUGAGGCAUUUCUUCUUCUCUUUAAAAAGUGAAAGUUAAUUUUGAGUGAGCUUGCUUCACUUUAUCCAGAAGGGUGUCUAAAUCGAGCUUUUCAUCCGGUAUUGCAAAAAUGUCAUCAACGUAUCCAGCUUAAGAGUCAAGAUUGAUUGUAGCUGAACGGAGCUGGUUUUUCAGUGUUCCCAUGAUCCCGUCGCUAAAUCAUCGAUCUAGUUGUAAUUUUAAGCAGCGAAAGAGCAGCUCCUUUUAGACUACAACCAUAUAUCGAGCAUAUUUAGGAUUCAGUCGAAAAAAAAUCCACCCCACCGCACUAAAAGCGCGAGGAAUUGGGUGGCAUCCCUCGGGUAGCACCAUAAAUAACAAAGCCGAAUGUUUUGCCGUUGAAUAAAAACCUUUCUGGGGAACUUUCUUUCACCUGAUCCGUUAACUUUUUCUUGGUGUUUACGUUAUUACUUGCCUGUAAUUCUGCCAACUUCGGUGGUCUCCAGUGUCUCGGUUUUUGCUCUAGUACAAACUUCAAUCAGUUGACAUUGUAUUGGAUUGUCAGAUAAGCCUCUGCGAUUUUCGAAGGCUUCUUCAUGAAGACGGAAUUUUAAGCAAAAAGCGCAUGCCAACCAGUGGCGUGUUCUUCGCUGUUGCGUAGGCUUCUUUCCCACAUCUCCACCAAUUUGCCAAUGAUAUUUCUAUAAACGCCUAAACCGGUAUCGAAACAAUUGUCAGACCAGUUUUCUAGUCGACUGUAAAGCCACUCAUUUGGUUUGGGAGCGACCGGAAAAGGUGACAGUUUGACGGAGCAAGGUUGAGACUUUUGACUGAAUGGAGCAGAGUUCCACAAUUGACUUCAGUCGUUGUCAUGCUGAAGGAUCAAUUGGCCUCGACGGUUGGAUUUUAUUUAAAAGAAGGGGUUGGAUUGCAUUGAGGUUUUUGUCUACCGUCAGGUUUUGCUCAAACAUUUCGUAGCUGAUUACUAUCCUAAAAUCGCAUCAUGUGCAAAUCAUGGUCUUUCAGAGUCGAGUGCUGUUCAAUCACUCCUUUCUCUGUUAUGUCAUCAGUGACCAUGCCUUCGAGCCGUGAAAGCAAAUUGCCAACAACAAUGAAGCGCCGAUGUUUGUUCUCCGACAAAACAUGCGGCACUCAAGCUCUAGGUUUUUGACAUUUUUCCAUCGACUCCAAGUGAGCGAGGGAAGUCUGAUAGUGACAGUGAAAUGUUUUCCGCCAAUUCUAUUCGUCUGCGGACCGUCUUCUUUCAAAAGUACUCUCGGACUUUCCUCAUUGAAGCCAGUCAGUCGUCCGGAGCAGCGGGCGGCUUUGAUUUCGAGCUUGCGGUUUUUGGUUUCAGUGAACUGGUAUUGUGAGUAGUCCUUUCAGGCAUAACGUCCUCUGCGCACACAACGCACAUGUCACGAUCAGCUGUGCGUCUUUUGGGCCCUGAUUGACACUUGGCUAUCUAGGCCGAAAAAAUCAAUAAAUAUUGAAUGCCUCCAGAAGACGAUGACAUUGUCACCGCGUAGAGCAGGAAAACUGUUUUCGAAUAAUAUGCCACACUUGCCACGACAAGGCCAAUUUUGACGAGAAAGUGUUACUUGGGGAAAAAAUCGCAGACUUGCUAGACAACCCAGUAUUUUCGGCUGCGGGGGGCCGUCUCGUGCAUUGUGAGACAACCUUAAGUGCCCCCCCCCCCUCCCAAGUUCGGACAUUGCGUUACCUAGAGGCGGCCUAGAUACGGCGGGUGAAACCAGAUCUUUGUAAACAGUUGGAACACGUGGUAAGCCUACCGUUGCCAUGGUAGCCUCUAGUUCCAUGAUUUUCCCUUCCCCUCUCCCCCUUUUUGCUCUUAACGACUCUUUUUUUCACUAUUCUUCCCAUACGGUGUUUAAGUUACUAACUUUAUCGAUUAGCCGACCUUACCCAAAACUAUAACCUUGUUGUUUUUACACUAAUUUUCUGCACCAAUUCAAAUCUGUUGUAUCCUUCCUACUCGUUGUCUAUGUUAUGAAGCGACAGGAUGCAGCUGGUGAACCGUCGCGAAUUUUUUUGGUACCUUUCAAUCCUGCCCUGCUUGCCUACUUCAGCAUGUCUCCUAAUAAAAUAUAUUUGAGUUUAUAAGACCAUCAAAAAUCAAUUUUAAAAAUGCAUGCCACGUAAGCAGUCAUUUUUUACCAAGUGCACUUUCUGUAGGAGGUUACAAAGAAAUGCAUUUAAAGGCCGACACCCUGGCGAGUCCGAAACAUUAUAGGAUUAUGCCGCUGGAUAAUCCAUAUUGUAACGGUGCCUAAAUAAUUCUUCCUAAUCGAAAAGGCAUUUCCGAAUUUUGGUCGAUAUUUCGUGAGAUCGGUCACUCACUGUAACUACCGUGACAGUCUUGACAGGCGCAUGGGGUCGUGGGCAAUUUCGCCCUCGCCUCGACGCUCCAAGUGGCAGAGCAAUCGAGGGCUUUGACGCCGUAAACAGUUGCAAUUCCGGGCCAGUUUCGGUCAAGGUCAGGUUUCUAGGCUCGCUAGAAUUCACAAUGCAACUUUCGCAGCAGGGAGCGUUGCCUUUGCCUGGAUCUCGCAGUCCUCCUCUCACGCACAUCCUCAUACGGGGUGUGCGUGAUAUUUUUUUUAUGCAGGCAGCAGUGUACCGGAAGAGAAGUAGACAUGGAAGCACUUAACGACGCGAACAGCGCUUGCACACCAGUACCGUGCGGUUUAUUUUGGAUAAUUUUCUGGGAUUAGUAGCAAGCUCGUCUAAAUUGGAUCAUGUCUGCCGGAAUGCAGGUCCUAACGGGAGCACUAUCGCUGACUUCGGCAGGAUGCGAGGAGUUUCUGCCCAGAAUAUUUACUGCCUAACUGGUAAACCGGAUGAAGUUAGCUGUGCUCAAGGCUCAGCAGACGUGGGGUAUAACCACCUCCAAUCCAGACGGGAAGCUUAGCUUGGUGGUCUAGGCAUUGCACCCCCUCGGAAUUCAGGCCACAGUGAGGCGGACGGUACUGGGGACAGUCCAAUCUCUGAAAAUGACACGGUCGGAUCUGAUUUCGUAGUCGUGCCUGCAGUUGACAAGCCCCAACCUAACCCCAACCCUUACCCCUAACCUCAACCCCUCACCCCUAACCCAAACCUCAACCCCAUACAGGUACGGUUACGAAGUAAGAUCUUGCCAAUGACUUACUUCGCUUGGCCACUUGAAAUGUCACUAAAUACGUGCGCAGAUGCCCGGAUGAAUGUUUUUUCUUGCACGUUGUUCUAGCACUUUGAAUAUACAAGCGAGACAGUUCGGUCUCAGACUCAAACCUUGUUAGAUGUCAGAGGGGCAAAUGGUAUCAUACUAAUUCGGCGUUUAUUUUUGCGUCCGAUGGUGGGACACGGAUAUGCACACCCUUCUCCUGAAAUAUGGUGCAGGAAUACAUGAAUGGUGGCAAUAAGGGCCUUUUAGGAGAUGAAACGUGUUGGAGCCUCAUAGCUCAGGUGGUUAGAGCGUUGGCUGUACUAAAGCCUUCCCCUUGGUGCCAUGAGUUCUUCACAGUUGAGUCAACAUGAAUUAUUCAAAAUCUACCAAAACAUCUAUGAAUUACGUGAGCCUGGUAGUCAUCUGGCGGAUUCUAGAUGGAUUACUUAGGAAAUCCCGCUCGGGCGGUCAGCUUACUGUAUCAGAUUUGGUGGAUUUGUGGCGGUCAAUGAUGUGAGAUCAACUUAAACCACGCACAAUAAGUUCGUUUCGUCUAAUGUCAGCAGUCAGGGAGCUGUGAGGAAUGGUUUAUUCUGUACACAGGGCAGGUUGCCGUCAGUUGGCUGUUUGCUUGCAACAGAGAUAGGCGUCCGUUCACGGAGAGCGUCAGUCGCGGUGUGUCGUUUACGCGGGAGUGAGUGUCUGGGUCAGUAGGUGGGGAUGACUGGCUGAGUGCUUGUCAUGAGAUUGGACGGAUUAGGGGGACGCAUAAUCACAGGGGCUCACGGGUAUCAAGCCAGGUCGUCCGACGCGCAUGAGGUGAUACUAGUUUGUGAGGGCAGCCGGGAGUCACUGCAGCUGCACAGGAGGGGCCCCAAUUCUAGCCGGUGUGAGUGGUCGUGUGUCAGCGGCCUGUCAACGCUUGUCGCGGCCAUCGACCGACAAAACGGAGCCGGAAAAAAGGGAAACUGGAGCGGCUGCUACAGAUUUCAGACAUUGCAGUAGGCUGGACGGGUAGCUUGGCCCAAAUGUGAUUAAAUUCAUGUCUCCCAGUGGGGCCUCGUAGCUCAGGUAGCUAGAGCGUUGGCUGUACUAAAGCCUUCCUCUUACUGUCGUGUGUUCGAAUCCCGCCGAGGUCGCCGAGUUUUUCACAGUUGGGUCAAUAUGGAACGUUGUUUUCUUAAAUAAAUAAAGCCGAAAAAAAUCGUAUUUCCACUGCAUGCUUGUUUUAUUGUCUAAAAUGGGCACUUUAUGGAAAGAUAGUUCAAGAGGGGAGGGGAGGGGGUACGUAUCCCGUGCUCUACUCCAUGAGUAAGAAUCCCCUGCUAUUUGUGAUAGUGGUCGGGUUGACUCUUAUCUACACCUGACGUAGAUAUGAUGCACCAAACUUGUUUGCGCUCACAGAGCUUUGUGUGCAUGUCUGGGCAGCUGCAUUUCAGGAAUUUUCCACUAAGAUCCAUAUCUUAAACAUCCAAUUUAAUUCUGCCAGCAUGUUCUUAAAAUGAAGGCGACUCACUGUACUGGGGGCGGGCGGGCGGGACUUGCAGGUGCACAUGCGAGCUCUGUGUGUAUAAACAAGUUUAGCAUACCUUAACAACUUGCCUGGUAGUCAUCCGAUGAAUUUUAGGUUGAUUGCUUAGGAAAUUCUGUUUGAACUGUCAGCCUAAUUGUCUUCGAUUUGGUGGAUUUGGCUCGAAUAUGUAGUUUCCUGCAGAGUGAGAAUACAACAUGAGACGUGUCCCACCUUUGCCAGAUAAUGAAAUUCAAUCAGUACAACCAUUGAGAAUCAACCGGAAGAAUCUAUCUUACCUAAUUUUUCGUCUAUCUUUGGGGACUUUAAUACGUGGUUGUAAAUAACGGUCGACCGCAACCAGCGUGUCGCCGGCCGUGGGCCAAUUUGCACUGUUUCGCGCCGGUAAAAACUGCUAUAUUACUUAUGAAAUAUAUUUUCAGUUUAUAAAUUUCAGAUUCAAUAUCCCUAUCAGUUUUUGACUGAACCUGAAAAGAUUGGUCCUGAAGGUUUUGCUCCAAGUUUACGCAGUCCUUAGGAAAUAUAAAACCUUGACACUGUUUCACGUUAACCUAGCCGCUUAAACUGGCGAAUUUAUCCACGUUGGAGCCUUAGAGGCCCCAUAAGUCGCGGUCUACAAGUUGCUGGGUGCGGGUCUGGAGUCUGGGGCAUCGCAGUGGUGCUAGUUGUCAUGGUAACAGAGGUUGGAUGUUGCUUCAUAUUUUCAGAAAUUGUUCCAUGGCCCAUAGGACGCUUUUGUUGACCGAAGUGUUGUGUGUCGUAUGCUAGUGCCUUAUCGGUUUUGGCGGAUUCGAAUAAUCCAUUUGACCCAUUUGUGAAAAACUCGGCGGUCGCGGUGGGACUCGAACCCCCACAACAGCAAGGACAAGGCUUAGUACAGCCAAAGCUCUAACCACUUGCGAUUCGAGCCCUUGACCGAGGGCCAGGAGUUUAUUACAUCCGAGUGAAGUUACCCGCCCAGGCUACAGUAGCGUAUGGAAUUCACUAAAUCUGUUACAGUAAGCCGGGUGGUGGGACGGCCUUUCGUACAUUGGAAGCGUUGAUGUGGUUCGCGACCGCCCAUUCUAGCAAACAGUCCCCUCCUCGCGAUCGAAUCAGGGUGGUAUUGGAGGUCCACAUCAUGCUUUAUUAUUCAAACACGAGUCGGUGUCCCGCGGUUUGCGCCCGCCUUUCUCCAGCGGUUCGCGUCCUGUAAAGUAAUUUUCUGUGCUUAUAGGUGUGCGAUUUCUAGUCUCUAGAAACUUGUCCGGUGUGGAUGCCGCUACUUUCAAAACAGGCUAGGUUGUAGAUUAGGUUUCUGUCUAGUUCGUUUUCUAUCGGGUCUUCGGUGCGUUCAGCGUAAUUUGGAGGACUUUGGAGGCAAGCAAUGUUGCGCUAGUUGAAUAGUGUCCCUUUCCUUGUGUGACUAACACCUGACUGGAAGGAUGUUCAACGAAGAGCCAGCCAUUCAUUAUCGCGGCCACUUGCACCGCUUACAAUUUGAAGAGAUAUUUCAGUUCCGACUGUACGGCUUAGUGCUUGUCCUCAGUGUAUGCUCCUACAAGAUGCUUAUCCCUCUAAUCCUCACACGACCCAUCUUUUGCUUCCUCAGUUUCAGAGUCACCAAAUCUUUCAUGUCUUCGUUGUGUUGGCCGCACUCGUCCACCUGAACAGCAUCCUCCAGAUUGCGGAGACCCGUCUGUCGGAGGGCCAAUGUCGUAAUCCCUAA